AUGCAAGAACAACUGGCCCAGCAGCAGAAUCAACCGGCCACUGAGCCUCAGCCACAGACGCAACCGACUGCCAUGCCUCAGCAGCAGAAGCAACCAGCUGCCAUGCCACUUAAGUCUCAGCAAGUGUCACCUCUAGCCCAAAUUCCCCAGCAGCAGAAUCAACUGGCCAAUGUGCCUCAGCAAGUGUGGUAUCCUGCUAAAAUUCCCCAGCAGCAGAAGCAACCGUCUGCUAUGCCCCAGCAAGUAUGGGGUCCAGCUCCAAUUCCCCAGACGCUACCGACCCCCAUUCCCCAUCAGCAAGUGUGGCAACCAGCUCCAAUGCCCCAGCAGCAAAAUCAACCGGCCGCUGAGCAGCAGUCACAACCAACUACCAUGCCCCAGCAAGUGUGGAAUCCAGCUCCAAUGCAGCAGAAGCAACCAACUGCCAUGCCCCAGCAAGUAUGGCAACCAGCUGCAAUGCAGCAGAAGCAACCAACUGCCAUGCCUCAGCAAGUGUGGAAUCCAGCUCCAAUGCAGCAGAAGCGACCAACUGCCAUGCCUCAGCAAGUGUGGAAUCCAGCUCCAAUGCAGCAGAAGCGACCAACUGCCAUGCCUCAGCAAGUGUGGAAUCCAGCUCCAAUGCAGCAGAGGCAACCACCUGCUAUGCCCCAGCAAGUGUGGCAGCAAAAGCAACCGGCCGCUGAGCAGCAGUCGCAACCUACUGCCAUGCCCCAGCAAGUGUGGAAUCCAGCUCCAAUGCAGCAGAAGCAACCAACUGCCAUGCCCCAGCAAGUGUGGCAACCAGCUGCAAUGCAGCAGAAGCAACCAACUGCCAUGCCUCAGCAAGUGUGGAAUCCAGCUCCAAUGCAGCAGAAGCAACCAACUGCCAUGCCCCAGCAAGUGUGGCAACCAGCUGCAAUGCAGCAGAAGCAACCAACUGCCAUGCCUCAGCAAGUGUGGAAUCCAGCUCCAAUGCAGCAGAAGCGACCAACUGCCAUGCCUCAGCAAGUGUGGAAUCCAGCUCCAAUGCAGCAGAGGCAACCACCUGCUAUGCCCCAGCAAGUGUGGCAGCAAAAGCAACCGGCCGCUGAGCAGCAGUCACAACCUACUGCCAUGCCCCAGCAAGUGUGGAAUCCAGCUCCAAUGCAGCAGAAGCAACCAACUGCCAUGCCUCAGCAUGUGUGGAAUCCAGCUCCAAUGCAGCAGAAGCAACCACCUGCUAUGCCCCAGCAAGUGUGGCAGCAAAAGCAACCGGCCGCUGAGCAGCAGUCGCAACCUACUGCCAUGCCCCAGCAAGUGUGGAAUCCAGCUCCAAUGCAGCAGAAGCAACCAACUGCCAUGCCCCAGCAAGUGUGGCAACCAGCUGCAAUGCAGCAGAAGCAACCAACUGCCAUGCCUCAGCAAGUGUGGAAUCCAGCUCCAAUGCAGCAGAAGCGACCAACUGCCAUGCCUCAGCAAGUGUGGAAUCCAGCUCCAAUGCAGCAGAGGCAACCACCUGCUAUGCCCCAGCAAGUGUGGCAGCAAAAGCAACCGGCCGCUGAGCAGCAGUCACAACCUACUGCCAUGCCCCAGCAAGUGUGGAAUCCAGCUCUAAUGCAGCAGAAGCAACCAACUGCCAUGCCUCAGCAAGUGUGGAAUCCAGCUCCAAUGCAGCAGAAGCAACCACCUGCUAUGCCCCAGCAAGUGUGGCAGCAAAAGCAACCGGCCGCUGAGCAGCAGUCGCAACCUACUGCCAUGCCCCAGCAAGUGUGGAAUCCAACUCCAAUGCAGCAGAAGCAACCAACUGCCAUGCCUCAGCAAGUGUGGCAACCAGCUCCAAUGCAGCAGAGGCAACCAACUGCCAUGCCUCAGCAAGUGUGGAAUCCAGCUCCAAUGCAGCAGAAGCGACCAACUGCCAUGCCUCAGCAAGUGUGGAAUCCAGCUCCAAUGCAGCAGAGGCAACCACCUGCUAUGCCCCAGCAAGUGUGGCAGCAAAAGCAACCGGCCGCUGAGCAGCAGUCGCAACCUACUGCCAUGCCCCAGCAAGUGUGGAAUCCAGCUCCAAUGCAGCAGAAGCAACCAACUGCCAUGCCUCAGCAAGUGUGGAAUCCAGCUCCAAUGCAGCAGAAGCAACCACCUGCUAUGCCCCAGCAAGUGUGGCAGCAAAAGCAACCGGCCGCUGAGCAGCAGUCGCAACCUACUGCCAUGCCCCAGCAAGUGUGGAAUCCAACUCCAAUGCAGCAGAAGCAACCAACUGCCAUGCCUCAGCAAGUGUGGAAUCCAACUCCAAUGCAGCAGAAGCAACCAACUGCCAUGCCUCAGCAAGUGUGGCAACCAGCUCCAAUGCAGCAGAAGCAACCAACUGCCAUGCCUCAGCAAGUGUGGAAUCCAGCUCCAAUGCAGCAGAAGCAACCAACAGCCAUGCCUCAGCAAGUGUGGUAUCCAGCUCAAAUGCAGCAGAAGCGACCGCCUGUUAUGCCCCAGCAAGUGUGGCGUUCAGCUUCAAUGCAGCAGAAGUUACCGAUCCCCAUUCCCCAUCAGCCUCAGCAAGUGUGGCAACCAGCUCCAAUGCCCCAGCAGCAAAAGCAACUGGCUGCUGAUCCUAAGCAGCCCCAGCAAGUGUUGUAUCCAGCUCAAAUGCCCCAGCAGCAGACGCAACCGCCUUCUAUGCCCCAGCAAGUGUGGAAUCCAGCUUCAAUGCAACAGAAGUUACUGACCCCCAUUUCCCUUCAGCAAGUGUGGCAAAAGCAACCGGCUGCUGACCCUAAGCAGCCCCAGCAAGUGUGGAAUCCAGCUCAACUUCCCCAGCAGCAGAAGCUACCAAUCCCCAUACCCCAGCAGCCUCAGCAAGUGUGGCAGCCAAUGCCCCAGCAGCAAAGCAACGGCGCUGAUCCAUACCACCAUGCCUCAGCAAGUUUGGCAACCAGCUCCAAUGCCCCAGCAGAAAAAGCAACCGGCUGCUGACCCUAAGCAGCCCCAGCAAGUGUGGUAUCCAGCUCCAAUGCCCCAGAAGCAACCACCUAUGCCCCAGCAAGUGUGGCGUCCAGCUUCAAUGCAGCAGAAGCUACCGAUCCCCAUUCCCCAUCAGCCUCAGCAAGUGUGGCAACCAGCUCCAAUGCCCCAGCAGCAAAAGCAACUGGCUGCUGAUCCUAAGCAGCCCCAGCAAGUGUGGUAUCCAGCUCAAAUGCCCCAGCAGCAGACGCAACCGCAUUCUAUGCCCCAGCAAGUGUGGCGUCCAGCUUCAAUGCAGCAGAAGCUACCGACCCCCAUUCCCCAUCAGCCUCAGCAAGUGUGGCAACCAGCUCCAAUGCCCCAGCAGAAAAAGCAACUGGCUGCUGAUCCUAAGCAGCCCCAGCAAGUGUGGAAUCCAGCUCAACUGCCCCAGCAGCAGAUGCUACCGAUCCCCAUGCCUCAGCAAGUGUGGCAGCCAAUGCCCCAGCAGCAAAAGCAACCGGCCUCUGAGCAGCAGUCACAACCUACCACCAUGCCUCAGCAAGUUUGGCAACCAGCUCCAAUGCCCCAGCAGCAGACGCUACCGAUCCCAAUUCCCCAUCAGCCUCAGCAAGUGUGGCGUCCAGCUUCAAUGCAACAGAAGCUACUGACCCCCAUACCCCAGCAGCCUCAGCAAGUGUGGCAACCAGCUCUAAUGCCCCAGCAGAAAAAGCAACCGGCUGCUGAGCAUCAGCAGCAGUUGCAACCUACCGCCAUGCCACAGAAGCAACCAGUUGCCAUGCCUCAGCAAUUAUGGCAUCUAGCUCAAAUGCCCCAAAAGCAACUGGCCUUAAUGUCUCCGCAGAAGCACUUCGAAAGCACUGAAGAUGACGGCUCUGGUAGCUCUCAGGCCAGCAUCGUUGAACAGUCUGUCCUCAUUCCAAUUUAUUCCUACAGUUCCAAAUCUCGCUACGAGAAUGGCAAAACUGUCUUCUCCCAAACCCGCUACACUCCUGGGGAGGCUAUGCCUGGUGAUAGUGGAAGUGCUCCCAAGAACAAUCAUGUUGGCAUCGCUGAACCAAGCAUAUACCCACCACUAGUAAAGGAUCCUUCAAGGUAAUGUACAACUUUAACCUGAUCUGAGCUUUGCUUUCUGAAUUUGAAGUCCUUUGUACUAACCAUGUAUCUACCAACAGGAAAAUCUAAUGGUGGAUUCAUCCUUUAGAAGCUAAAGGUGAGACUUUAUUUUAACAAAAAUGUAUGACAUAAGAUUUUGUUGCUGAUACUGUUUUAAUUUCUUUCAGGUUUCAGUCAUUCAUUUGUGUUGCCCAGAAGUUGCUGGUGCACUUGCUACUCUUGUGAUUUAAUCAAUAAACCAUUUUAAUUUAAAAUAUGUUUGUCUUUGAAAUACUGAUGGUACUAGUGUGCUUGCUGAUUUCAAAUAAAUGGUGUGGGAUGCCAGUGCAGUUGGUAGUAAAAGGGAAUGUGGUUCAGUUUCUCUGGUUUUUACCUUUGCUACAGCGCUCCCCCGGUCAACAAAGUGCUGUUAAUAUGAUGGUCCACAAGCUCUCAGAAUGGGACCGCUGUAGCAAAUAAAAUCACCUGUCCUCGGUUGCAACACUCAGUAACGAGUUACAAACUACCUCUAACGUCAGCAGGAGAACUGUUCGGGAGCUUCAUGACAUGUUUCCAUGGCUGAGCAGCUGCACACAAGCCUACGAUCACUGUGCAAUUCCAAGCUUCGGCUGGUAAAGCUCGCUGCCAUUGGACUCUAGCGCAAUGGAAAUGCCUUCUCUGGCGUGACAUGACUCUAAACCAUCUGGCAGUCCAAAGUGUGACUCUGGGUUUGGCGGAUGCCAGGAGAAUGCUACCUGCCUGACUGCAUAGUGCCAACUUAAAAGUUUGGUGCAAUAAUGGUCUGGGGCUGUUUGGGCUAGGCCCCUUAAUUCCAGUGACGGAAUCUUUAACGCUACAGCAUAGAAUGACAUCCUAGACAAUUCUGUGCUUCCAAGUUUGGGGAAGGCCCUUUCCUGUUUCAGCAUGACAAUGCCCCUGAACAAAGCGAGGUCCAUACAGAAACGAUGUGUGGAAAAACUUGACGGGCGUGCACAGAGCCUUGACAUCAACCCCAUCAAACACUUUUGGGCUGAAUUGGAACGCAGACUGCGAGCCAGGCCUAAUCGCCCGACCUCACUAUUGCUCUUGUGGCUGAAUGGAAGCAAGGCCAAUGUUCCAUCUAGUGGAACGCCUUCCCAGACAAGUGGAGGCUGUUAAAGCUGCAAAGGGGGGGGACCAACUCCAUAUUAAUGACCAUGAUUUUUUAAAUGAGAUGUUCGAGUCUCCAGUUUUGGUUAUGUAGUGCACUUUAGAUGUUAUGUAGGCAUACAUUAGUGUUGGGACAAUUGUAACUGGGCAUACCAUAAUCAUUUAGCUAUAUAAAUCUUUAGGCGUCAAAAUAUUAAAUAGCCUUUACUACUAUAGCCCAUAGAAAUGCAUUGAAUGACACCUUUUAUAAAUGGCGAAGUUUUGAAGUCUGUCAUCUAAGUGAUGGCUCAAGACAUGUUUUUUUGGGCACAUAUUUAACCCCUUGUGUAUGUUGGUACAACUACCUCCAUUUGUUUGCAUAGGUUACCUUCAGAUGAGUCUAACUUAUGGCGGUCGUAGAGCAGAACGGAACCAUGUACGUGAGUCUCCCCUUUCCAUAGUGGUCACAAUAGUUUGUAGGCCAAACGGUUCAGACGUUUUCGUGAGAAGACCAAUUUUUGUAAUGUCUAAUGGUCUGACAAACUCUGCUGUAGCUCGUCGACGGCAGAUGCGGAAGGGCGACAUAGGCGGAUGCAGUGGAUUGAGAAGCAGCCCAUGCAAAAAACGGAUAUUUCUAGCUUAAACUGAUGGAUUUUUUUUGUUACCUAGAUUGAUUCACAAGUGCUUCAAUAGAUAUUUAACUUGUAGCUCAUUGCUCCUAUUCCAUUUAUCGCACCAAAGGCUCCUAAAGAAUGGAUUCAGUGUACUUUAACUUUACAAUGCCUGGAACAGUUUAACCUAUCAAUUAACAAAUAUAUUCUGUGCAGACUACAGAUCGUUUUAGAACAUGUACAUUUUUCUAAACCAAGUAUUGUUGGUGAAAUCAUCGAACUGCAUAGUAUGAGAAUUCAGACCUUAAAUGGAUCCAUUAAGAUCCAAAGAGAAUGCCAGUAGGCACUAGCAGGGAAGCUUAGCUAGCAUAAGGUGUCACCUGGGACUUAUUCACAAACAUUGACACAACUUGACACAUUUGCCUGUUGUAGUCGACUGUCUGUUCGGCCAAAGACUCAUGAACAUGGAUGAAAUUGUAUAUGCAUUCAAUUGUCUGCUUUUAUGUAAGAAGUUAGACUCUGUGUUGAUGGACAAUCUCUAGUCUAGCAUACGUCAACAGACGACUCCAGUUCAUUUUUUUGUCACAAUCUUACUGUGUCUGCAGCCUUUUUGCACAACACAUUUCUACCUGACCACUGAGGUUGCACCUGCAAAAGCCCCUGGCAGGAACUUCAUUAGCGUUCAUUAAAAGGUGCACUUGAUUAAGCUCACCCAGUGCAAUGGGUAGGUAGAGUUCACUCUUUAAAACCAUCGGAUUGGUCCAUGAUGUGCAAACCCACUAGCUGAAUGAAACCAAGUGCACCUAAUCACAAUUGGGAAGUUGGACCUAUGGAAAUGAUGUUCAGUGGCUGGCAGCUGUACCUAUUUAACCAGCCAGAUUAGAAGGGUCUAGGAUUACUUUAUAAGGCGCAGCAAGAAAAGAUAAUCAGAUAUAAUAAGGGGGAUCUCCUGGUAAGGCUUCUGGCUAUCAUUAGUUCUGAAUACUGUGACUUUUGGUCUUUGAGGUAAGUUGUAUCGCUCUAGUUUGUUUCCCUUGUCUUUCAGCUUUUACAGGUAGCGAUAUUCCAAGAACGUCAAAUGCUGUCUUUACUAUUUUGAAGUUGUCUUUUUCCUAGGUAAUUAUAGAUAUAUUCCCCAAACUGCAGCCAAGCAACCGGCCACAAAAACUCCGCCGCGGAAGCAACCGGCCACAAUGCCUCCGCCGCGGAAGCAACCGGCCACAAUGCCCCCUCCGCGGAAAGAAACGGCCACAAUGCCUCAGCAAGUGUGGCGACUGACCAAAAUACCUUAGGUGAAGUAACCGGCGCCUCGGCCGACUCGAUAGGCCUUGAACAGGAGGGCCAACUCCUCAAGCAACAUGGAUUUUAGCAGCAGUGAUGGUUCUCAGGAUGUUGGGUCUGAUGUCGGUGUCAAUGAAAGCACUCAAGACGUCAGCUCCAGUAGCACUCAAGGCAUCUUCAUUGAACAGUCUGUUCUCAUUCCAAUCUAGUUACAAAUUGGUUUAUGAGAGGGGCAAAACUGUCUUCUCCAAAUCCUGCUACACCCCUGGGGAGGUUAUACCUUUUGAUAGUGGAGAUGCUCCCAAGGACUGUAGUGAUGUUGGCAUCUCUGACCCAAGCAUAUCCCCACCUGCUAAACUCUCAACCUGCUAAAGGAACCCCACUACAAGGAAAUGCUCCUGGGAUGCAAUGCAACUUUUACUCAUCUGAACUUUGCUUUCUGAUUUUGAAAUCCUUUGUACUAAUUAUCUAUCAACAGAAUUCUAAUGGCGGAUUCAUCCUUUGGAUGCUCCAAUGGUAGGACUUGAUUUUAAUAACUAAAAAUGAUGACAAUUCUGAGUUGUUGCUGACACUUCCUUUUAGGUUCCACUGUAUGCUUUUGAUUUGGCCAGGGAGUUGCUGCUGCUCCUACUACCCUGCAUUACUUGAACAAUAAAAUAUUUUACAUUUAAGUGCCUCCUUUUGUUUGAAAUACUGAGUGUUCGUUCAUGUCUACCUUUGUCUAGCUGAUUGAGAACAGUGUUGGUUGCCAGUGCAGUUUGUAGUAAAAGGGAAUGUGGUUCAGUUCCUCAGCUUUUGGUUUUCAAAUCUGUUUUUUUAUCUUUGCUACUGGAUGUUCAAAUUCCAAGACUAGCUCUACAUUAGCCACUGACCAUGUUUACAAGCACACCAAUAUCCCAUUAUUAUUCGGGAUAGUGUUCAGCUUGCAUUGACACACAUCCUGAUUACAAUAACCUGAAAAAGCAUGUGUCUCGGUUAUGAGAAACCAGGAUAAGUUGAUCGACGAUGGGAUACUGUGGCAUGUAAACAUCUUAUCCUGUUUUUGCAGACUGCGCGGGCUCCAUUUUGCAUUUCAUGGGUGCUGUGAUUUCAUCUGUCAAACAAAUCACUUCAAAAAAUAGGCUACCUGCACAGUUUGAUCCACCAUAAUUUAGCUUUUUAAUAAUGGCUACUUUCACCCCUAAUUUAGACACAUUUCUACUUAUUUACAUUAGGUAGGCCAUUUGUCAACUAUAGUUUAAAAAGCCUCAGGUAGCUUACUCCAGGUGCAUUCCUGUAAUGUUAUUAAAAGUUACAAUUAAAUACUAAAACAUACUUAUGUGUCUGUAGUCCUCGCUCUAAGAAGCAUCCUAAGAUACUACAGCAUGCAUUGUAUAUGGUUUUGAGAUAAUCUUGACUUAUUCUUUAACCUGUAGCUCAUUCCUCCUGUUAGUCUAUUGUUUAUCUUAGUAACCACAGGCUCCUAAAGAAUGGAUUCAGUGUAAUGAAUCAUUAAAGUGCUUGGAACUGUUUAACCUAUCAAUUAACUAAUAUAUUUUAUACAGACUACAGAUCGUCUUUGAACAUGUAAAUUUUUCUAAAGCAAGUAUUGUUAUUGAAAUCUUUCACUAACUGCAUAUUAUGAGAAUUCAGACCUUAAAUUGAUCUAUUCAUGGGAGGGAUAACCUGUUAUUCUACACCUAAAGGUGUUUGUUCUACACAUUAAUUCAGUUAAAAUAACAGUAUUUGUAUAGUUCCAAUAACUUCAAAUUCUGGCAUUUGACUAUUUUCAACUUUGUCUUUCUUUACUAGGUAAUUAUAGAUAUAUUCCCCAAACUGCAUUAAAAGGAACCGUCUCCUAUACCCCAGCAACCAAAGAAACAGGCUCCUAUACCCCAGCAACCAAAGGAACAGGCUCCUAUACCCCAGCAACAAAAGGAACAGGCUCCUAUACCCCAGCAACAAAAGGAACAGGCUCCUAUACCCCAGCAACAAAAGGAACAGGCUCCUAUACCCCAGCAACAAAAGGAACAGGCUCCUAUACCCCAGCAACAAAAGGAACAGGCUCCUAUACCCCAGCAACAAAAGGAACAGGCUCCUAUACCCCAGCAACCAAAGGAACAGGCUCCUAUACCCCAGCAACAAAAGGAACAGGCUCCUAUAUCCCAGCAACAAAAGGAACAGGCUCCUAUACCCCAGCAACAAAAGGAACAGGCUCCUAUAUCCCAGCAACAAAAGGAACAGGCUCCUAUACCCCAGCAACAAAAGGAACAGGCUCCUAUACCCCAGCAACAAAAGGAACUGGCUUCCGUGUCCCAGCAACAUUUGCAACCGGCUCCCAUGACUCCUCAGCAGAAGCAACCAGCCACAACGACUCGGCAGAAGCAACCGUCCGAAAUGUCCAUCAGAAAUCCCCUGCUUGACUCGCAUUACAACUACUACGAUAGCAAAUUUACACCAGAUUAA